CUAAUAGACCACUGUCUCACAGCUGCUUCCUUACCCACACUUAUCUACUGAAUCAGUGAUACAAAAUUAUUACCAUUAUUAUUACUCAUAUAUAUAAUUAUUAUUAGUAAUAUUUAUACCAGUGAUAAUAUUAUAUGUUGUGGGAGUUAUAGCGUGGGUCCCUAGUGUUGACAGUGGCAGCGGGGCUUCAGGGACGCUACCACUCCUCUCGUUACCGGACGCUUGCUUUGUCUUCUUCACUAGUCACCUACAGCAGGAAGAAUAAUGACGAGCAUGGGGAAAGUGGCUCUGGAGGUACGGGAAUUGUACCUGAGCAAGUUUGUAAAGAUGAGCCCGUACAUCUGCAACGCCAUGUCACCACGAGUUCUUCUCCUACGGCUCAACCCAAUGAUGAUAGACAAGUACACCACGGAAAGCACAGGAAACGGAUCUGGAUUCUGGGGCGCUCCUCCUAAUGAUCAGAUAUCAAGGAAGAACGAUCAGUUCAUGAGUGACGAGGAGGAGGACUGGUUCUCCGCAGUACCUGAUGACUGGGAAGACGACAGCAAAGAGUGGAACAUGAGUUUGCUGGAGCCAAUUGUCCAAAUAUCGGAUGAGAGUAAUUCAAGGCGAGGAACUAAGAGAAAGCGCGGGGGCGGCAGGGGGUAUGGUAAAAAGAGAGGGCGUUUAGCAGUUGAUGUUGACAGAGCAAGUCCAGUUGAAGACGUGCCAGUAAAACAAGAAAAGCCAGAUAGCCCUGAGCAUAUGGUAGAAAUCCCUCCAGAUGUGUCAAUGAACAUAUUACCCAAUGUAGGUGCAUACACUGCUCCAAUCCCCGUGUAUCCUUUGGCACCAGCUGUUUUACCACUAUAUAUGGCGCAGUCACAGAUGUCAUCAAUGCUCCCCACUGCAAAUUACUCUUCUGGGAAUCCUGAUGAUGUGCUGAGUAACUCUGACCGUAACAGUGUUGCCACAGUCCAAAAUGCAGGGGACGAAACAGGUUAUGCACACACUAAUGUUGAAGCAAAUAUUAAGCAAGAAAUUCCCGACUCAGAUAAUCCUGAUCAAGUAAUUGCAAUGCCAUUUCAAAGUGAGCUUCAGAAUGAUGGCUCUUGUUUGAUGCCAAGGGAAGUUGUUACCGCUUCACCGCUGCCAGCAAUUGAGGAUUUCUCGGAUACAAGAUCAAGAAACCGAAAUAAAUCUCAAGAACAAGCAAGUGCUAGAGCAUCAGGUUCAUUCAAGGAUCAGUCACUCAAUAUGGGUCAGAAAAGUCUCAGAGAAUUAACAAAUUUGUUAGUCAAAUUAAACAACAAGAAUCUACAGUGCGAUGAAAAGAUUCAGAUACUCAAAGAAGAGUAUGACAGAAAGGUGGCAGUUAUUGAAGCCGAGAAGAAAGCCAAUGAAAAGGAGCUUGACAGUGUCUUGUCUUUAAUUCAAAAUUGGAAAGAGGGAUCCAAAGGUGAAACUAGUAAAAGAUCUCGCAAAACCACUGAGAAAUAGAUGUAAGGGAUCAUUGAUGAUCAAAUUGUAUUUUCUACUGGCUUCACUAAUCACUUAGGGAUGGUAGGCUGUGGGACACAGUUGAAAAUUGCUGAUAUAGUUUGCUGUGAACUCCCAUUAUCAACUACAGUGGCAAAUUUCAACUGUGGGACAUUGAAAAUUUCCACUACAAUUUGCAAUGAUUGAUAAAUUCCUUGACAACUGUUAUGUGUGCUUUUUCAUUUAUUAUGUUACUUUGUAAACUGAAGGUACUGAGAGACCUGUAUGUCAUAGUCAUGUCAUAAUUAGCAGGACUGGUGGCUGGAUUCCUUUGAAGUAUCUUUUUUUGUUUAAAUUGUUGAGGCUCUAAACUUAUGCAUAUUAUUCACAACAUCUAUUUUUAAAUCAUUCCAUCAUGGUAAAUUUACACCCAUGUUUUGCUGGGGAGGUGUGGACUACACACUGAAAUGUAACAAGUUUGUUGCCUAGCCAAGUAUUUUCUCUAUUACCUAUUUCAAAGGUUGAGUAGUAUUGAUAUAUUAUUUAACAUUUUCAGUUUGCAUAUAUUAAUAGGCUUUUGAACAGUGGGCCUUAGGAGAAGCAAAAGAUGUUUCGUGCCUACAUGCAGGGUUUUUUGGCUAUGUUCAUGUGUACACACCACCUGCUGGUCUCUAUUUUUCCCACUUUUUUUUGGUAUUCAUAUAUUUACUUGAUUUGUUAUAUUGAUAAAAAUAUAUGCCUGCUAAAGCAAGCCUCAUUUCUGAAUACUUUCUUUCAGUUCAAACAAGUGGUAACUACCUCACUUAUUUAAUAUAAAAACUGGAUUUGGAAAACACUAAAAGCUAUUCCAUUUCUAAUUGAUCUUUCAGGUUCCACCACUAUAACACAAUUGAUAGAUAUCAGGAAAGUUUUCUUGUUCAUAAGAAACAUGAUUAUAAAAUAAGUAUGUCUGCGAUCAAAGACUGGGCAGCGUUGAACAGUUGGACACCAUUCUGUCACUGUUCUACACUGUUAACCCCCUAACAGUUAUUGGGGACCUGAGUGUAAAACAAUUUGUGAAUCAUAUUUUAGGGAAACUGUUGUACUCAGUACCCUAACUCGUUCCACUACCUGCCCUAAGGCCUAAAUCCCACUAACAAAAAUAUAAAGCAAAUUACUAGUGAAGGGUUUGUUAUAACAUUUUAUUAAUAUUUUGGUAUUUAUUGAAUUCCUGAAAACUGUACCUUGAGUUAAUUUACAGAAAGAAAUUUGUCCGUUUUCCCCAUAAUGUUAAUCUAAUCUUUCCAAGUGAGGAGCUCCACACAUGAGAAUUGAGAAUGGAGUAAUGAUAUAUUACAACCCAAUUGUAGAUGCAUAAUUCCAAGUUAAGAAACACUUGUUCUGACAGAGAAAAGUGCUGAAUACUAUAUAUAUUUUAUGUAUUAGGAGUAUUUCUGUAGGUAAAUGGAGACUAAUUAUGAGUCAGUCAGGGUAUGUGUUGCAGCAGUGUCAUUUGCGUCUAGCUGUGGCAUAGUAAGUUUAUUAGGGUAUUUGAGGUGGUAUACGAGGCUAGGGUAUAUCAGUGAGUUAUCAAUUAAAAGGUUGCCAGUGUGGCAAAGCAUGCCACAUAUCUUGGCUUUGUUGGAUAUCGAGGGCUUGUGCAUCAUCAGUACUGUUUAGAUUGAUAAGGAUUUAAUAUUUUUAAGGCAUGCCUUUUAAAUUGGCCACAAAUUGUAGUGGUAGUGUAUGUAGAUACAUAGUGGGUACAAACUUAGAUUUUUAUACACUGCUAGAGCUGCUUCAGUUGCUUGCUGUGGCCACUUCAAAUUAGCCUGGACAGUCAUGUGUCUACACUAACAUUUGCACCCCCUUGCACAUUACUGUGUAAGUUAUCACUGGGUAAAUAGAUCAUGGAAUGUUUUAUUUUCCUUCGUGUUCCCCAGUGACUGAGAGUUCAUGUCAAGUGUGGUUACUGACACUGUGUUUUGGUACAAGUUUCAUUGCAGGGUAUUUUAAUUGAUAUUUUCAGUUGAUUUUUAAAUUUAAAGUUUUUUAAUAAUGAAUAAUUAAAGGAGUUGAGCAGCAGCAAGUAAGGGAGUAGUGUUCUUCAGCCAAUUUAUUCAAAUUUUCAUUCACUAAAUAGUUUUAUUCCCUAUUUUUAUUGCCUGCAGUUUCUUUUGCAUUGGUUGUACUUUGUAAUAUAAUUCUCUCCAGCCGUCAGGACACUUUGGUGUCAGUCACCAGUUUCACCAGGGUAGUAAAAUGGACAUUGUUUGCAUUGUCUUUCCAGCAACCAAAUUUACAAUUUUCUCUACUUUUUACUUUUUUCUUUGCCUGUUACUAGGCUUCUGAAUUUUCCUUGUUUUGCUUUUUGACACUACUUAACCAUUUACCCAAUCGUUUAAAAACAAAGUUAAUAUCAGUUUCUCGCCUUCGGUAGCUAAACAACAAGUAACACUGCCUCACGUUUAUUAUAGCAAACCAGCUGGUGGCUGCUUCACACCUGUCAUAAGUGAACCAACAUCAGUUUCAAGUGCUACUAAUGUCUCAUAAGGUUUGAGAGUGGCUGAAAUGUGUUGGAAAUGUGAAGGACACCUCUAUCAGGAAAGGUGAAUCACCAAAUUGAGUCGUCUUUUAGUAGUAAUGAUAGAUAUGGUAAAGAGAGUGUAGUAUAAUAAUUUUCACAUUACUGUAUUGUCUUGCAAGACACCACCAAUUUUUUUUAAACAUGCAGUGAGAACUGUCAUGACAGGUUGCACAAGUUUGCAUCACCUGACUCAACAUGUAAAGAAUAUUUAGCAUAAUAUAUAACAAUAGGGUUAUUCUGUAUAGGGUUAGAAAAUAUUUGUGUAAACAUAAAACAAAGUGUCCAUCAUUGUCUCUUGUAAAGCUGUUUAACUUUAUUUCCAUUCUCAAUUCCUCCCUCCCCUCAUGGGGGUGUGGCAUCGAUAUUCAUAGCAACAUAAUGAAUGUGAGGUCAAGGUCACAUUUAUUUAAAAAAAAAAAAGUUUCUCUUAAUGCAAUUAUGUAUAGUGUGUGGAGCAGUAUUUUUGUAUUUUAUAUGGAAUUCAGCUGUAAAAGUUUGCAUUAUGCAGUAGAAUAUAUGGCAUAGAUUUAUGAGGUAGCUUGCAUUGUGUUGAGUGGCCAUUUUGUAAGAAAGUCAUUUGGGUUCAAGAAGAAACCAAUUUCCUAUACAAAAGACUAGAGUCAACCUGCUAUGUUGUGUUUCCAUAGCAAUGUGUAAUUGGUGCGUGCACUUGUCUCUGGUGUAGGGGGUUGUCUGUAUUAAGUAGUGUGUGCCUUCACAGCAUUUCGGUUAGGAACACAGUUCUGCGACACUACGCUGUAUAUAUGCUAACUUUCAGAUCUGUAACAUUUACAUUUUAUUUGAGUGGAAAAAUGUUCUUAAGUUUUAAUAUACAAGUGCAUUUGUGCCAGAAAUUAACUGGAAAUACUGUAGUGCAGUAAUGCCGAUUCAUUUACAUAUUGGCAUUAAAUUUGAUGAUUGUUGGUAGUAGAAGAGAUAUUAUUUAAGUUAACAACUGAAUGCCACCUGAUUUAUCUGAAUAAAAGCCAAAUGGAAAUGCAUGCAAUAUAUUUUCUUAAAUAUAAUAAGUGGAGCCUGUAACGAGGUAGUGGGGGAUUUGAGAGAGCCAGUUUCCCUAAAAAAAACUGGCUCUUUUUAACUUAAUAGGAAUUCUCGUUUUUUAUGAAGAUAAUUCCAUUGAGGAUACUCUUCUGUUUGUUGUAUUGAGCAAUAUCUCUUAAGUUCUAAUUCACAAAUUACUCAUUUAGUGUCUAGAAAUUUCAGUUCAGUACUCUUUGUAGUAUCAGUACAGUACCUGUAAUUAAGUACUGUACUCAACAUCUUGAAAAAUUAAGUUGUGAAAUUUAUUUUGUAUGGUAAAUAUAUUUUUUAAAUGCAGUAAAGGUAUGCAAAUUGCAUCAGUUUCGAGGUUCUGCUCUAGCUGCUCUUGUGGUCCAUGGCAGCUGUGGAAACUUAUCCUUUACCUCCUAACAGGUGACGUAAUACUGAACUGCACUCAAUAUUAUGCAUAAAAAAUAUUUGCUUAUGAAUGCACACAGUUGAUAUGGGAAGUAAUAUGCAUUUCAUUCCUUAGGUGAAAGGUAUUUGAUCACGAAGAGAAUAAUAUGAUGGCUUUGCAUACUUUAUCAGGAUAGCUUCCUCAUUUCCUUGUACUGCUCUUUAUUGAUAAUGAAAGUGAUAUAAUAAUCUUUACCUAUAAUGUGAAUGUAUGAAUAGUACUCAUAAAAGAUACUGUAAUUAGA